AUGCAACGAAAUCAAAACAAACUAGUAUUUCAAGGAGUUCUAGCUUUAUUUGAAGAACAUGACGACCAAACUGCUGCAGUCACCGCCUUUGUCGAACCUUUCGUUAUCCUCCUCAUUCUGAUCGCAAAUGCUACCGUUGGUGUCUGGCAGGAGCGAAAUGCAGAGUCGGCUAUUGAAGCUUUAAAAGAGUAUGAACCGGAAAUGGCCAAAGUGGUUCGAGCGGGUACACAUGGUAUCCAAAUGAUUCGAGCUCGAGACCUUGUUCCUGGAGAUAUCUGCGAAGUAUCUGGUCAGUGA